UUCACCACUUCUACCACUCCAUCUUUCCAACUUCUUAAUUUCUCUAAUCACCACAUACAUUAUAUAUAUAUUCAUCAUCAUUAACAUUUCACCCAAAAUGUUGAAGAAUAAUUCUAUUCCUUUUCUCUUCCUUGUCAUCACAUUAUUUUGUUGCUUGAAUUCCUCAACGGCGGCGUCAUCAUCAACAUACAAUGUAAUCAAAUUUGGAGCCAAACCGGACGGAAAAACUGAUUCCACAAAGGCAUUCCUCAAUGCUUGGACUAAAGCAUGUUCCUCCCCAUAUCCGGCAACAAUUUACGUUCCACAAGGGAAAUUUUUACUUGGGACAGCAACAUUUAGUGGAAAAUGUACCAACAAAGCUAUUUCAAUAACUAUUGACGGUACUUUGGUGGCUUCAUCUGAUUACCGGGUUUUUGGAAAAUCCGGUAAUUGGUUGACGUUUCAGCACGUUGAUGGGGUUUCAAUCCGCGGUGGCGUGCUUGAUGGCCAAGGGACUGCCUUGUGGGAUUGCAAAAAUUCAGGCAAAAGUAAUUGUCCAACUGGUGCCACGACACUGGAAUUUAGCAACUCCAAAAAUAUUAUGAUUAGUGGUUUGACAUCAAUGAAUAGUCAAAUGUUCCACAUAGCUUUCAAUGGAUGCGAAAACGUAAAAACCGAUGGUGUAAAAAUCACAGCGGCUGGAAACAGUCCUAACACCGAUGGUAUCCAUGUCCAAAAGUCCUCCCAUGUCACCAUCGUCAACUCCAAAAUUCGAACCGGUGAUGAUUGUAUCUCCAUUGGCCCUGGUACGAGUAAUUUGUGGAUUGAAAACAUUGCAUGUGGACCGGGACAUGGAAUAAGCAUUGGAAGCUUAGGAUGGGAAUUAAACGAACCAGGUGUACAAAAUGUGACAGUUAAAACGGUUACAUUCACAGGGACUCAAAAUGGUGUUAGAAUAAAAUCAUGGGGUAGACCUAGCAAUGGAUUUGUUAGGAAUAUUUUUUUCCAAGAUGCAAUUAUGGUUAAUGUCCAAAACCCAAUUGUGAUUGACCAGAAUUACUGCCCGGACAACAAGGGCUGCCCCGGUCAGGCAUCUGGAAUUAAAAUCAGAGAUGUAACAUACCAAAACAUUCAUGGAACAUCUGCAACUCAAGUAGCUGUGAAAUUUGAUUGUAGUUCAAAGUAUCCAUGCAAUGGGAUAAAGUUGAAGGAUGUAAAGCUUACUUACAAAAAUCAAGUAGCGGUAGCGUCGUGUAGCCAUGCCGGUGGAGCUGCGUUGGGUACAGUUCAACCAGAGAGUUGCUUAUAGAUUAAAUUUGCUAGCUAAAUUCACCCAAAAUAAUGAUUAAGAUUCUUGCUAUAUAGUCAAUUAAUUUAUACAAUGUAUCACUAUGUUGUAGUUUUUAGUUCAUUGCUUGACCUGAGGUGUUUGCGGCCUAACCAUUUGGGCCACAGGGAUGCCUGGUCUUGCAAUUGUUAUGGACUGGACUAUAUAGAAAAUACAAUUUUUUAUUACACAGUUGUAUUUCUACUAAUCAAUUUUACAUGCGUAUAUUUGUAAUAGAGAAAAUUAAGGGUAUAUGAGUUAUAUAAUAUUGGAAUUUUUAUA